CGGAGGAGGCACAAUGACGGGCAGCAUCGAGGGACUUGAGAGGUUUGACAGUCCCGGAAAAGGUCGAGGUCUCCGCGUUACCAGACCGUUUAAAGUUGGAGAGCUCCUGUUCUCCAGCCCGGCGUACUCUUACGUGCUUUCAGUGAAAGAGAGGGGCUGCUACUGCGAGUUCUGCUUCACCAGGAAAGAGGGAUUGGCAAGAUGUGGGAAGUGCAAGAAAGCCUUCUACUGCAAUGUGAAAUGCCAGAAAGGGGACUGGUCCAUGCACAAGCUGGAGUGCUCGGCAAUAAGUGCAUUCGGAGAGAACUGGUGCCCCUCAGAGAUAACCCGCCUGGUGGCCCGGAUCCUCGCCAAGAAGAAAAUGCAGAAAGAAAGAUGUGUGUCUGAGAAGCUCUUGCUAAUAGAAGAAAUACAAUCCCACGUGGAAGACGUAGAUAAUGAGAAAAGAGAGAUGAACGAGGGAGACAUUGCCGGACUGCAUCGCUUUUACUCCAAACACUUGGAGUUUCCUGACCACAAAGACCUGCUCACACUGUUCUCCCAGGUUGCCUGUAAUGGUUUCACUAUAGAGGAUGAUGAAUUAUCCCACAUAGGUACUGCAGUGUACCCAGAUGUGGCACUGAUAAACCACAGCUGUCUUCCCAGCGUCAUAGUCACGUAUAACGGGAUGUCAGCCGAGGUUCGGGCUGUGCAGAACAUGAAGCCGGGAGAUGAAGUGCUCAUCAGCUACAUAGACCUCCUUUAUCCAACAGAUGACCGCAACAACAGGCUGAGAGAGUCCUAUUACUUCACCUGUGACUGCAAGGAAUGUAAAAGCAGGUCCAAAGACAAGGCAAAGUUGAAAGUACGUAAGCAGAGCGACCCCUUUGAGCCGGAGGUCAUCAGCAAUAUGGUGCGCUACGCCCGGAAAACCAUCAGAGAGUUCAGAGCCUUCAAACACACAAAAACCCCUAGUGAGUUACUGGAGAUGUGUGAGCAGAGCCUGGAGGAGAUGGGAGCCGUCUUUCAUGACUCUAAUGUCUACAUGCUCCACAUGAUGUACCAGGCCAUGGGAGUUUGUCUUUACAUGCAAGAUAUAGACGGAGCGAUCAGAUACGGCGAGAAGAUCCUCAAACCCUACAACCAGCUGUAUCCUCCCUACUCCUUGAAUGUGUCCUCCAUGUACCUGAAGUUGGGCAGAUUGUACAUGGGGAUGGAGAGGUACUCCAUGGGCAUUAGCGCUCUCAAGAAGGCAAUGGCCAUAAUGGAGGUGGUUCACGGGAAAGAUCACUACUACUUGACAGAGUUGCGCAAAGAGAUGACACGAAAAUGAAGAGAAAGGAAGGAAAUGAUGAAAUGUGGCUGAUCCCUAUGGACUGCAUACACUCCUUUGAUUAGGAGCUCUACAGAACUGUAGGCACUUUCUACCCUUUUUGGUAUUAGAGACAAUUUAUGUUUUUAUGGAAAGUUUUAUUUAUGGAUUUUGAGAGGUUGAAUUUUUAACUUUAGUUGUGUGAAGAAUACUUUUGUACCUCCUUGUUAAAAGUUCUUAUGCCAAGGUGAAUAGCUGACUGUGAAAUGUGCUUUUUACUCUCAUGUUGACCGUAAGGCAUCUGAGAAGUUCUUUUCCAAACUGUUAAUGAUUUCGUAUUUGUUUUGGCUUGUUGACUGACACGUCAGCUGGACCCGGUCAUCCAUCAGUCGAGAUGUUUACGUUUAUGUGCAGAGGGUCAGUGCAACAAAAUCCCUGUCAGCCAGUCAGGACAGCUGCCUCACCACAAGGGGCCUAUUAAAGCUGCAGAAUGUGCCCAAGCCACAAUGGAGGGCAGGGAUAGAGGACUGUGUUUGCAUUAACACCUUCUGUGACUGCUCUGUUAUAAUUAAUGUCUCCAGCGCUGUGUGAGAAACCCCUCUCCAACACACACAGUAUUAGUGGCUAAAAGAAAAUGAUUCAAAAAUUCCAAAAUAAAUGAAUUUGUGGCCACACUCUUAAAGAAAAUAAGGCUUUAUUGCAUAAUAAGCAAGUACGACAGCUUCAUACAUGUCUGGGGAGAGAAAAACAAAAGACUUGAUGCACUGAAAACGCAUAUACAAAACAUAUGUACACAUACUUUGAAACGUAUUUGGGAGUUUUGCCAAAAAAAAAGGAAAAUUAAAGGGAAAAAUUAAAUAUUAACAAACAGUGGAAUGCCGUGUGAGAAAAUACUGUCACAAAAAGAACUGAAGUGCAACAAAACACUUACAUGUCAAGAGAGCAUAAAGCUUAUACUUAUCUGAGAAUAUAUACAUUGAAAUAUAAAAAUGCAUGCAUAGUUUAUUAUGUUGCGGUAUUUUUAGGGUACCAAGUCCAAAAAAAAAAAAAAAA